UAAUAAUUAAAAAAAUCAAGAAAAAAAAAUCGAGAGAAAGAAAAGAAUGGGGGAAGAGAGAGAGGAUGAAGGGCACUUUACCACUUUUAUAUGUUGCACGCAUCCAUAGCAGAAAACAUAAGGAAGACAGAGUACUUCUACAAAGGCUCAAGAAGAAGAGAAAAGAAAAGAGAAGAGAAGAGAAAAAGAAAAAAAAACCCAACUCCAAAGUAAAGGCAUAGAACAAGAAGAAAGGAAAAGAUGGUGCCAAAAAUGGGUUUUGAGGUACAAAUAACAUCCAUGGGUUAAAAGCAAGAAAGCUCAAGUAGAAGAAGAAGCUAAGCCUUGCAUGGUGGGUGGUGGUUUGUUGAUUAUUGGAAACUGGAGAGUUUUGGGUACUUGGGUUAUUUGAGGAUAUUUUUGUUUUUGAUUUUCUUAGAUGAAGGCCAUGCCCUUACCCUUUGAGGAGUUUCAAGGGAAGGGGGCGUUAGAUUUCUCUUCUUCUACUUCUUCUUUCUCAGAUUCAGCACUUUUUCUCCAAAACCAGCAUCACCAACAACUACAAGAAAAGUGGCAAAACAACAAGGAAGGUUGCUGCUAUGUGGGCAUUGAGCCCACGUCUGUUCUUGAUACUAGAAGUCCAAGUCCUCCAACAUCUUCCUCAACACUGUCUUCCUCUCUCGGCGGAAGCGGCGGCGGUGCUGCCUCCACGGACACCACCGGCGUGGCGGCUAAGGCGGCUGUCUCCGGCAACAACAGCAGCAGCAGCAACAACAACAACAACAACAACAACAGCCAGUCCGUAGAUAUUGGAACGGAAAAAUGUGGCUUGAGUAUGGAGGAUUGGGAGAGUGUGUUGUCCGGGUCUCCUAGUCAAGAACAAUCCAUUUUGAGGCUAAUCAUGGGUGAUAUUGAAGACCCUUCUAUGGGAUUAAACAGGAUUCUCCAGUCAGAUGGUGGGUCUCAAGAUGUGGAGUUCAAUGCAGGUUUUGGUGUGGUGGAUCAAGGUUUCACCUUUGAGUCCAUUACUGGUGGUGGCAAUUUGGUAAGCAACAUUGACCCUCCUCUUACUGUAAGUUGCUCUGAUUUUACAAGGCUUGGUACGGUUUCAACCCCAACAAAUCCCGUAUUUACAUCUUCACCGCAAAAUCUUUUGCCUACUUCACUCCCUCCUGGUGUCUUUGCACAACAGCAGCUUCAGCCCCUCGAAGCUUUGGAUGAAAAGCCUCAGAUUUAUAAUCCACAGGUGAUAAUAAACCAAAAUCAAGCGCAGUUUACUCAAAACCCGGCUAUGUUCUUGCCACUUUCUUAUGCUCAAUUGCAAGAACAUCAUCUUUUAUCACCACCACCACCACCACCACCAAAGAGACUUAACUCUGGCUCAAGUGUACCAAACUAUCAGGUCCCAAAGGUUCCAUUUUCGGGUUCAGGACAGGAGCUUUAUCUUCGUCGCCAACAACAGCAGCUCCAAAUGCUUCAGCAAAGCCCAACGACAAUUGGAAUGACAGCAUCAACGAAACAGAAAAUAGUUAAUGAUGAAUUGGCGAACCAGCAGCUUCAGCAGGCAAUAAUUGACCAACUAAUCCAGGCCGCAGAGCUGAUCGAAACCGGGAAUCCGGUACUCGCGCAAGGGAUAUUGGCGCGGCUCAAUCAACAGCUCUCUCCUGUAGGUAAGCCCUUUAUCAGGGCUGCUUUCUACUUCAAGGAGGCUUUACAGUUACUCCUUCGCUUGAAUGCUACCAACGCAUCGGCUUUGUCCACGUACAACUUGAUUUUCAAGAUUGGUGCUUAUAAGUCAUUCUCUGAGAUUUCUCCAAUCAUUCAGUUCGCCAAUUUUACUUGCAACCAAGCACUUCUUGAGGUUUUUGAAGGGUGUAGUAGAAUUCACAUAAUUGAUUUUGAUAUUGGUUAUGGUGGGCAAUGGGCUUCUUUGAUGCAGGAACUAGUUUUGAGAAAUGGUGGUGGCCCUUCUUUGAAAAUCACUGCCUUUGCUUCUCCAUCCACUCAUGACGAGCUAGAACUCGGUUUCACUCAGGAUAAUCUUAAGCACUUUGCUAGCGAAAUCAACAUGGCUUUUGAGAUUGAAAUAAUCAGUCUUGAGUCCUUGAAUUCUGGUUCUUGGCCGUUGCCUCUGCAUUUACCUGAAAAUGAAGCAAUUGCAGUUAAUCUCCCAGUUGGUUCAUUUUCUAAUUACCCUUCAGCCCUCCCUCUGGUCCUUCGUUUUGUAAAGCAGUUGUCACCCAAAAUCGUGGUCUCUUUGGAUAGGGGUUGCGACAGAACUGAUGUCUCAUUUCCUCACCAUAUAAUCCAUGCCCUCCAAUCUUAUUCUGGUCUCCUUGAGUCCCUUGAUGCUGUGAAUAUGAAUCUUGAUGCCUUGCAAAAGAUUGAAAGGUUCUUGCUUCAACCUGGUAUCGAGAAGAUUGUCUUGGGUCGACAUGGGUCCCUGGAAAGAACACCUGCUUGGAGGAGUCUGUUUAUACAAUCUGGAUUCUCUCCAUUGACUUUCAGUAAUUUCACGGAGUCUCAAGCUGAGUGUUUAAUUCAGCGGACUCCAAUUAGAGGUUUCCAUGUGGAGAAGAGGCAGUCUUCACUUGUUCUUUGCUGGCAGAGGAGAGAGCUAAUUGCUGCAUCAGCUUGGAGGUGCUGAGGAGGGGAGUUUUUUUAUAUUGGUUCUACCAAUUCAACUUUGCUGCGAAGGUGCUUCAUAACUUACUGCUUUUAGUUUCUGAUCUUUUUAUUUUUCUUUUGCCUUACAAUUUUUGUUGCCUGUCGUUCUAUUAAGCUAAUUGUCUAUGUGCCUUAGGUCUACUGUUUCCUAUCAAAAACCAAACAUUUUAGUAACUGAAUGGCUUUGUACAGUCUUUUUUUCUUCUUAUUUUCAGUCUGUUUCUUUGGAUGUGGGUUCAACUGUUUUGGUUCUUUUUCCUGGUUAUAUUGCGAUUGUUUGUUGUAAGCUUGACAACAAGGUAAAACAAGUUAUGGGAAAAGGAGAAUGAAUUUGACCUCAGGAAUUAAAUUAUUUGGCCCUUGCUUGGAUGCUAGUAGCUUUUUCUUUCUAAUCUUUCAAUUGCUUGAUCAAGUCAUCAAUAGAGUGAAUUGUUGUUGGACGAACUGUGGAUAUGAUAAUUUCAACUGUUUGUGGAAAUCCUGAAACUUCAUAAACCAGCAAGUUUCUAUUCUAAGUACAGGUUUAGGACAGAACUAUUGUACUUCCUACUCAAUCUGCAACUCUGCUGUGUGGAGAAGUAGUUCUCGUCCCUUAAACACGCCUCCCACCCCCCUCUGCAACAUAAGAAAGAAAAAGGGUUUGAACUUUCAAUUUAAUGAUUUUCCUGGCAGUAAAUGAACCUUGGUUACGUUAAUUUGUACUGAAAGCGGCGCCAAGUAACUGAUCGCUGUCUUUUACAAACUGCAUCUGAAUAAAGUAUUUGGUUGGAAAACCCAUGGCUGAAAAGCUUGUUAGACAUCUUUUUCUGCUAGCUUUUGCAAUCAGAUCAUCUUUAUGACACUCUUGAUAAGCACAAUUAUUAAAGUGAUAAGGUAUAUUUAUC